CCUGUUUUUGCGUUUUUUUGUUUGUUUGCUCUUUUGCACAUUUCCCUUCCAUUUUUUACACUUCAUCUCAAAUUCGCAACCCUAAAAAAAUAAUAAAUAAAACAAAGUAAUAAACCACAGCUAUAUUCCUCCUAUUCUUCUUUUUUGUUUUGCUUAUUAAAGGAUGUCCGGUUUCUUCUCCAGUCUCCUUGGCGGCCGCUCAUCCACAGCCACGGCCGCAGCCUCUGCAGCUACACCAGAUCCUGCCAUCUACGACACUGCUCCGCGGCUCACCCCAGGGCUCAACCCAAUCACAGUGACGCCCUUGCCGACCCCUAAAGAGCAAGAGCUAAUCACCCUGAUCCAAACAACGCACCUCGCCAAGCUCCUCCAAGACCUACCAGCGGAGCCUCAAGAUAACCACCCGCGAUUUGCAGCCUCAGUUUGGCUAACCGCCCAGCGUAUCCUCCUGUAUUUGCGUGCAAGCAAGAACGAUUUGGCGAAAACACUUGUUAGAUUGCGUAGCUCCUUAGAGUGGCAUUGUGUUUUCCGGCCACAUGCGAUUACACCCGAGUCCAUGGGAGUGGAGGGUGGGUCUGGGAAACAGUAUGUCAAUGGGUAUGAUCGUGGAGGGAGGCCGAUUAUUUAUAUGUUUCCGCAUAGGCAGAAUACGAGGGACUCGAGUGAGCAGCUGAGGUGGGUAGUUUUUAAUAUGGAGCAGGCCAUUAGGAGCAUGCCGGAGGGAGCAACAAAGUGGACGAUUGUGAUUGAUGUUUCCCGGUAUUCCAUGUCGCAGUCGGUGCCACUAUCGGUUGCUAGGGAGUUUUUGAAUAUCUUGGAGUCGCAUUAUCCCGAAAGACUGCAUAAGGCUUUGGUUUUGAAUCCGCCGGGGAUGUUUGUCAUGUUUUAUCACAUUGUGGCGCCGUUUAUUGAUCCUGUGACAAAGGAGAAAGUGUCGUUUGUCGAUUUAACUGGGAAGAAGAAAGUGGAGGAAGGGGAUAAGGCUGGGCCUUGGGUGGAUAUUCGGGAGCAUGUGGCGGAGGAUCAGCUGCAGAGCGAUGCUGGUGGAGCUUGGGAGUUUAGGUUCGACAAGCUGGUCUACUGGCAGGAACUGCAGAAGAGCUAUGAUGCGUGGAUUGCGACUUAUGUGGCGGCUGCAGCUGCAGUUGCGCCACCGCCAUUGAUCGAGGCUGUGGCAGAGGAGGCAGCAGUGCCGGUUGCUGUGGAGCCGGCGAGCAGCUAAUAAAUCUCAAUAACAUAUCACGUUAUGCGGUUUUUUUCGGGUUAAGUGGUUCAAUGUGACCAAUCACAGAUCGACAUUAAUUUUUUCUUUUUUUCUAUUUUGUCCUCUCCUUAACAAAUAAAUUUUUUUUCUAAUUUUC